AUGGAGGAGGACUCGUUUGAGGACCUGGUGAGGGAUGUGUGGUCUAGGGAGGUCAGGGGAGGUCCCAUUGGAAGACUCGCACAAAAGCUUAAAGCAGUGAAGGGAGCUCUUAAGGGGUGGGCAAUGAAGGUUUUUCCAAAUAUUGAAGUGGCCCUAAAGGAAGCUUCAGAAGGGAUGGAGGAAGUUCAGAGUGUCAUUGAUCAGAUGGGGAUGUCUGAUGAUCUAUAUGCAAGGGAAGCAGAGGCUAAAACCAGGCUGUUGAAAGUGGUGGAUAUGUAUGAAAAGCUUUGGGCUAAGAAGGCUCGCUGUAGUUUGGGGGUUGACCCUGAUAGCUCGCCUGGCCCUGAUGGGUUUCCUGGAGCGUUUUUCAAGCAGUGUUGGGAGAUAGUGGGUGAAGAUUUCUGUCCAGCAGUGAUGGCAUUCUUCAAUGAUGGGAAGCUUCUGAAUGGGAUAAAUAAUAGCUUUGUGACAUUAAUUCCAAAGGUGGAGGGGGCUGGUUCCUUGGAUAAGUUUUCGCCUAUUUGUAUGGCUAACUUCUUCUGCAAGGUCCUAUCAAAGAUUAUGGUAGAGAGGUUGGCUUGUCUUCUUCCUCGCUUGGUGUCAGAUGAGCAAGGGGCAUUUCAGAAGAAUUUCGGUUCUGUUGAAUGGUGGUCUAGUUGGGUUCUUUGGUGUGGAGCUUGGAUUGUGUCAAGGGGACCCAAUCUCCCCAAUGCUUUUUAUUCUUGCAGCGGAGGUGCUGUGCAGGGGCCUGAAUGGUCUAUUGAAGGAGGGAAAACUAAAGCACUCCCUGGUCCGAGAGGGGUGAGUGUUCCUAGUCAUUUGCUAUUCGCAGAUGACAUAUUUAUCUUCAUGAACACUAUAGCAAAACAUGUUCACUGUUUAAGAUAUUUUCUUCUCAAAUACCAAGAGUUUUCCAGUCAAAUUUUUAACUUGGAAAAAAGUAAGAUAUUACGUUUUAACUUGGAAAAAAGUAAGAUAUUCUUUGGUAAAGUUUCUCCUCACCGAAAGGGAUUUAUUGUUGAUUUGCUGAACAUUCCCAUUUGUUCUCUACCAACAAGGUAUCUUGGGGUAGAGAUCUUCAAAGGCAUUGUUAAGAAGGAUAGGAUACUAUGCCUGAUGGACAAGAUUAAAGCUCGUUUGCAGGGAUGGAGGGGCAAACUGCUAUCAAUGGCAGGUCGGGUAGAGUUGAUUCGGUCUGUGAUCUCAGGCAUGCCAAUUCAUAACUUUUCAGUUUAUUGGUGGCAUGAAUCUGUGAUCAAUACAGUGGAGCGAUGGAUGAGGAACUUCCUGUGGUUAGGGGAUAUUGACACGGUGAAGAAAAUCUCUGUGAAAUGGGAAGAAGUAUGCAAGCCUAAGGCAAGGUUUGUGAACGAAGGAGGAAAUCUCAAGAAGGGGUAUAAAUCUUCCUCUAUGUUAAAAGGUAUUGCCAAGAUGUGGCACUUUGUCUCUGAAGCUGAGAGUUUGAUGGUGGGAAAUGGUGAAGAUAUAUAUUUUUGGCAUGACCGAUGGUUAGAUCUGCUGUCAAUUGCAGAGCUCUCUCCUCUCCCUCGAUCUCUUUUCCAUAACACAAGUAAAGUGGCAGAUUUCAUUUGGGAGGGGAUAGAUGUUGCUGGUGUCAUUCCUCUUUAG